AUGCUUGAUGAGAAUAUGGCCCGGGAAGAGGUUUAUUGGCAUCAGAAGUCGAGGGUGGAUUGGAUUCAAGGGGGAGAUAAGAACACUACUUUCUUUCACGCUUCUACAAUCCAGCGUCGGCAGUGGAAUAGGGUGGUGAAGUUGAAACGCAAGUCUGGGCAGUGGACUACAUCUGAAUUAGAAGUGUACAAGAAGAUUAUGGAUAACUAUAAGUCUACAUACUCGUCAGACGACAUUGAUAUGGAGGAUUUUAAUUUGGCAUUGGACUCUAUUGAUCCAUUGGUACCAUCUCACCUUAAUGAUUCUCUCUGUGUUAUCCCUACCCCUGAUGAGAUUCAUUCAGCUCUUAAAGGUACUCUACCAAAAGAACUGAAUAAGACUUUCAUAUGCUUGAUCCCCAAGGUGCAAAAUUCAGAAUCUGUGGAGCAUUUCUGCCCUAUUAGUUUAUGCGGGUUGCGGAAGAAAGGUAAAAAGAAGUUCCUUGCUAUUAAAAUUGAUUUGAAGAAAGCCUAUGAUCGGCUUGAAUGGUCUUUCGUCAAGGAAAUUCUUCUUCGGCUAGGCUUUAAUAGUCAAUGGGUAUCUCUCAUUAUGAUCUGUGUUUCCUCUGUUUCAUUUAAUGUGUUGGUCAAUGGUGCUGAGCAUGGUGAGGUUCUCCCCUCUCGAGACGAUUGCUUACUGUUCACAGAAGUUAACCUGCGGAAAGUUUAUUGUCUCAAGGACUGUCUUGAUAUAUUUUGUAAAGCUAGUGGCUUAGAAGUGAAUCUCCAGAAGUCUAGCCUAACAUUCAGUCCUAAUACUCCAGGUCGUAUAAAGAGGCGGUUCUCCAAGGUGUUAAAGAUCCCCUAUGGGGACGACCCUACUAAGUACUUGGGUUUACCGGCAGAGUUUGGACCAGCCAAGUCUCAUCUCUUCCAGGAUAUUAGAGAUAAAGUUUGCAACAAAGUUCAAGGCUCUCAUUUUUUGCUACUGGUUACUCACCAUGAUCAUAUAAGGAGGUUCAUUGCUAAGUUUUAUUGGGGAAGCUCGGAUGAACAGAACAACAUCCAUUGGAUAUCCUAG